AUGCAGGCCAGAAUAGAAGCCAGUACCAGGACGGUGGAGGAAGAUGUCAUGUUGGAAGUCCCUAGGGAUUUUCGGCCUUUCUCGGGAGCCAUAGAAGCCGAGGCCAUCCCCAGGGAUCAUCGAAUACCCCAAGUCGAGCCCUUUGAUGGAACGCAGGAUCCCAGUCAGCAUUUGACAGAUUUCCGAGCCCAAAUGUUGAUCUGUGGAGGAGGCAUGGAAGUCCGCUGCAAGCUUUUCAUGGGAACACUCAAGAAGGCAGCACUUGAUUGGUUUAGUGGUCUUCCUGACCAAUCAAUCACCGACUUCGACGUCUUCAGUAGGCUUUUCAUGGCGCAAUUCGCCGCCAACAAGAAGAAGCCACCGAUUACAUCGGACUUGUUCGAUCUCAAGCAGCAGCGGGAGGAGUCGUUGAAGGACUUUAUGCAAAGGUUCAAUGAGGUCGCUUUGAGGAUAGCAUCUUUGGAUGAGAGGAUGGCUGUCAUCGCGUUCCAGAAGGGCCUAAGGUCUGGAGCUUUCGACAUCACUCUGGAAAGAGCAAAUUGCCAGACGAUGUCGGAGGGGAGAGCCUUUGCACUGAGUCACAUUAAGACGGAGGAAGGACAGAUUAGCAAAAGAGCAGCGAAAAGUCGAGAGGAAGGUAAUUACAGGCAGGCCGAUCACGGUGGUCGAGCAAGGGGCGAGUGGUCACGCAACAAUGACGAAGAGAGGUUUACUCCACUCAAUGUUCCCAGACGAAAGAUACUUCACGAUGUCAAUAGCGCAUCGUUGUUUGAAUUUCCAGCGGCGACGGAUCGUCAAUUGGGACCCUUUAAAACUGACUGGUGUGAGUUCCAUAGAGCUCAUGGACACUCCACUGAAAAUUGCUUCAUCCUAGGGAGGCAGAUCGAGCGUUUGAUCAAGGAGGGCCGACUGAAAGAGCUUGUGGCAAGGAAACAAGAAGGAGGCUCGUCGGAUAGGCGACACCGGCGCGCACAGGAUGACCCCAGGAGGGACAGGCGUAGAGAGAGAACUCCUCCCAGAGAUGCGUCAACGAAGGUGUCAGAAACCCACCAGCAACCCAUCCACGGGGACUUCAAUACCAUCGCAGGGGGGUUUGCAGGCGGGGGAGCUACCUCAACUGCCCGAAAGAGGUACUCUCGGUCGGUGCUGACAGUAUCGGAAUUCAGGCGACCAUCUCAGCCUGAGAUUUUGUUCUCAGCCUCGGAUUAUGAAGGAGUAGCCCCUUACGAGGACGACCCCGGCGUCAUAUUGGCAAUCAUUAUAGGGUACAAUGUGAAGCGUGUUUUGAUCGAUCAGGGAAGUUCCGCGGGCAUCCUACUCUGGGAGGCUUUUGAGGGGAUGAAAAUACCUAACGACCGACUCAUUCCUUAUGCAGGGACUCUAGUGGGUUUUGCAGGAGACCAGGUCAUCGCGAGGGGAUAUGCCGAUCUGGAGACGACCUUUGGCCAAGGAGCUCAGAUGAAAACGGUGGUUGUUCGUUAUUUGGUGGUAAAAUAUUCGUUGCCAAACGGCACAGUGGGAGUCCUUAAGGUAGACCAGGAGGUUGCCCGGAAGUGUUACGGGGAUAGCUUAAAGGCGCAAAGGCGACUGUACACCGCGCAGGUGGAGCAAGAGGUCCACUCCGUCGAGUUAGACCCCAGAAUAAGCCAUUUUGAUCGCCGACCAGCCCCUGUCGAGGACGUUAAAGAAGUGACCGUAAUGGAAGGGAAGAAGGUAAAGAUUGGAACAUCCCUAAGCCCGGAGGACGCACUGAAACUGAUAGAGGUAUUGAAGGUGAACAUAUCGGCAUUCGCGUGGCACGCCAAAGACAUGCCAGGAGUCGACCCCGACUUCAUGUGCCACAGGCUGGCCAUAGACCCAGGCGCGAAACCAGUGAUCCAGAAAAGGAGAAAAUUCGGGGAGGAAAAAUGA